CGGCCCUGGCUGCGGGUGAGGAUGAGGGAGAUGCCGCGCUCGCUCGGCGCCCAGAGCCCAGGCCAAGCCCCCCGAAGGCGGUCCUCGUUGGUGUGGGGCUCGGGCCCUGACUGGGCCGCGGAGGCGCGGAAGGCCAGUGCGGGACGCAGGGCGGCACCCGGGGCCGGGGCCCCACGAGGUCGGUGGGGCAGGGGCUGUGUGUCAGACGCUGAGGCGCGAUGCGGGGCCAGCGUGCGGAAACGGGCCCGGGUUCGGCUGGGCCCCGCUCUCUAGGAGACCAGCAGCGGCCCUCCACCACCGGGGAAGGCGGCUGCGUCCUGGCAGCGGCGAGCUUCGGCUCAGGCCAGGCCCCAGGCCCUGCCCGCGCAGCGCCGAGCUCCCCAGCCCUUUCCGGGCCGCUAGGGCCCGCGCGGGGGAGGACGGGGGGAUUCGGGGGCGGAUCUCGGGAGCCACGCCCGCGGCGCGGCCGCGCCGGGGGCCGGCCCGCCACGCGCCCGCUACCAGCCAAUCAGCGCGGCCAAUCGGCCGUCGGUGGGCGGGACCACGGGAGCAGGGACUCGGGAGUGGCCGGCCCGCGCGUUCGUCAGGCGCCCAUCCGGGCCAGAGGGCACGUCCGCCAGCCCGGAAGAGGGCGGCGGCCAACAUGGCGGCGUCCGCUGCCGGCCUGGGCGGCCUGGGCGGCCUGGGCGGCCUAGGCGGCGGCGGCGGCCUGGGCGGCGGCGCCGGCGGUGGCGGCGCCGGUGCCGGUGGCGGCGCCGGCCCGGUGCCGGAGACCGGGGACUUCCUGGCCCGCUACCGCCAGGUGUCCAACAAGCUGAAGAAGCGGUUCCUGCGGAAGCCGAACGUGGCCGAGGCCGGCGAGCAGUUCGCGCAGCUGGGCCGCGAGCUGCGCGCCCAGGAGUGCCUGCCCUACGCGGCCUGGUGCCAGCUGGCCGUGGCGCGCUGCCAGCAGGCGCUCUUCCACGGCCCCGGGGAGGCGCUGGCGCUCACCGAGGCCGCCCGCCUCUUCCUGCGGCAGGAGCGCGACACGCGCGAGCGCCUCGUGUGCCCCGCCGCCUACGGCGAGCCGCUGCAGGCCGCCUCCAGCGCCCUGGGCGCCGCCGUGCGCCUGCACGUCGAGCUGGGCCAGCCGGCCGCAGCCGCCGCCCUGUGCCUCGAGCUGGCCGCCGCCCUGCGCGACCUGGGCCAGCCGGCCGCCGCCGCCGGCCACUACCAGCGCGCCGCGCACAUGCAGCUGCCGCUGCUGCCCCUGGCCGCGCUGCAGGCGCUCGGCGACGCCGCAUCCUGCCUGCUGCUGGCGCGCGACUACACCCGUGCCCUGGCCGUCUUCACGCACAUGCAGCUCCUGGCGCGGGAGUAUGGCAGUCGCCCGGGUCCGCCGCCGCCGCCGCCGCCCCCCACCGCCGCCGCCGGGCCCGCGCCCGCGCCCCCGCCCGGCCCCGGCUCGGCCCUGGCCGCCGCACCGCCAGCAACGCCUCUGCCGCCGCCGCCCGCAGCCGCCUCCACCUCCGCCUCCUCCUCGGUCACGGCUGCCGCCGCAGCCGCCGCGCCCUCCCCCGCCCUGCUGGGCGCCUUCUCCGACGUGCUGGUCCGCUGCGAGGUGUCCCGCGUGCUGCUACUGCUGCUCCUGCAGCCGCCGCCCGCCAAGCUCCUGCCGGAGCACGCCCGCACCCUGGAGAAAUACUCCUGGGAGGCGUUUGACGGGCAUGGGCAGGAGAGCGGCGGCCAGCUGCCCGAAGAGCUCUUCCUGCUGCUCCAGUCCCUGGUCAUGGCCACCCACGAGAAGGACACAGAAGCUGUCAAGUCGCUGCAGGCCGACAUGUGGCCUCUGCUGAGUGCCGAGCAGAACCACCUCCUCCACCUCCUGCUGCAGGAGACCGUCUCCCCCUCGGGCCAGGGCAUCUGAAGAACCGGCCUCCGCCGAAAGAACCCACCGCCUACCCCGUGCCCCUCACCAAACCCACCCGGGCGUCCUUCCCUCGCUCUCCUGGUGGCUCCCUCGGGCCAGGGCAUCUGACAACCCCCCUCCCCCGUGCCCCUCACCAAACCCGCCCGGGCGUCCUUCCCUCGCUCUCCUGGUGGCUCCCUCGGGCCAGGGCAUUUCUCAACAGGCCACCGAAACACCCCGUCUGCCCCGUACCCCUCCCCAAACCCGCCCGGGCGUCCCACCCUCCCUCCUGGUGGCUCCUUCAGGCCAGGGCAUCUGACAACCCCCCUCCCCCGUGCCCUUCACCAAACCUGCCUGGGCAUGCCUCCCUCCCCCCCUCCCUCCUGCCUGCCUUCUCUCCAUCGAGGGGGCGGGGCAGUAGGGGACUCUGGGGCCGGUGCUCAGACUUGGUGUCGUCUUGCCCCCUCCCCGUGCCCCUGCUCCCGACCUCUCUUGCAGACCGAGGAAUCGAGAGCUGCUGCAAGUGGCCGCUCUCCCAGAGACCUCUUCCGCCGUGGGUGGGUGCGAGGGAAAGAUGCGGCCGAGAGCGAGUGCACGCCGAGGCUCUUUGCACGGGCUGCAGCAGUGCAAAGCAACAGAGAGCCGCCUCAUCCCCCUCUUCUUCCGCACGUCCCCUCCCCACCCCCCACUCCCGUUGUCCCUCUGUCUUUGUGCCAUGGUGAGGCCCUUCCUUUGCCCCGCUCUGUUCAAAUACAACCUGAUUUACUGGA